AUGUACUUUUUCAGGAUUCACUAUCAAUAUAAUUUCUUUAAGUGUGGAGUGGGUGGACAUACGGCAUCGCACAGAUGCUGGGAUAAUUACUGGCUUCUGUUGGUCGAUCGGGAGCUGUGCCCUGGCGCUGUUGGCGUAUCUGCUGAGAGACUGGCGCGCUGGCUGUUGGUGGCCAUCACUGCCCCCCUUGUCCCGGCUGUUAUCAGCUUCUGGUGGGUUCCUGAAUCUGCACGCUGGCUGUUGACAAAGGGUCGCGCUAAGGAAGCUGAAGAGGUGCUGAUGCGAUGUGCUGCAGUAAAUGGUUGCAAUUUGGAUGCAUUCAGGAAGAACAGUGAGAGUAUCCAGGCACUGGCAGAAGCUGGACCUUCAACUCAGACCUAUUCUUUCAUUGACUUGUUCCGAACUCCACGUCUCCGGAGGAUCUCUAUAUGUUGCGGGAUGGUGUGGUUCGCUACGUCGGCGUUCUCCUAUUAUGGCAUCAUUUUGAAUGUUGGUGGUUUGGGAUUUGAUAUUUACCUUACCCAUUUCCUCUACUCCCUGGUGGAAUUUCCUGGCAAGCUGGGUGUCUAUUUCCUCAUGAACCAUCUGGGCCGUCGCUGGUCACUGUUCUUCACCAUGCUUAUGACUGGAGUUUGCAUUGGAGUGUCUGCUGGGAUCCCUCCAUCUCUGAGGCCAUUCCGCACUGCAGUGGCCAUCAUUGGAAAAGGAUUUUCGGAAGCCGCAUUUACCGGCGUCAUCCUGUACACGGCCGAACUCUUCCCUACUGCGAUCAGGCAGAAUGGCAUUGGAUACGCUUCCUUCGUGGGACGACUUGGGGCCUCUGCGGCGCCUCUAAUGCUCCUGCUGGAUGACAUCUGGCGCCUCCUUCCUCAGACCAUUUACUGUGUAACUGCUGUGGCUUGUAGCCUGGUGGCCUGUCUGCUGCCAGAGACGAUGAAUGUGCCUUUACCAGAGACCAUUGCCAAUGUGGAAUGUAAAAGGUAG